AUAUAAGACUGACGGAGGGGCGUACCGGCAGUAACGGGACCGCAGGGUCGCGCGGGGUGACAGAACGCUCGACUACGAGACACGGAGAUCGGCUGAGCCAUGGCGGCCGCGCACGUCAUCUGGCUGCUGCCGCUGCUGGUGCUGCUCGCUGGCUGCGGCCUCUCACAGACGGCCGUCCCCAGACAAAAUACCGCCCCCGGCGAGGGCUGCCUGGACGGCCAGUUCCACUGCGCCAACGGGCGCUGCGUCAUCGAGCGCUGGCGGUGCGACGGUGACGACGACUGCGGCGACGGCAGCGACGAGGACCCGGUCGAGUGCGGCGAGCGCGCCUGUCGCGCCGACCAGUUCCGGUGCACCAACACGAGCAGCGGCGCCGUCCAGUGCGUGCCGGCCUCGUGGAGGUGUGACGGCGCCGCCGACUGCGCCGACGCCAGCGACGAGGCCAACUGUGCCCAGUCCUGCACGCCAGAGCACUUCACCUGCGGCGACGGCAAGUGCAUCAACAAGCGCUGGGUCUGCGACGGAGACAACGACUGUGACGACGGCUCCGACGAAAUAAACUGCCAGAGACCGACGUGCAACUCGGCGUCCCACUUCACCUGCUCCAGCGGCGAGUGUGUGUCAGCCGCGGCGCGCUGCGACGGCGACAGGGACUGCGUCGACAACUCGGACGAACAGGGCUGUCCGGCACCCUCAGACGCCGGCGGAGCGCAGUGCCGGCCGGGCGAGGUCAAAUGCGGUGACGGCUUCGUCUGCAUCUUCCACGCGUGGCUGUGUGAUGGCGACGCCGACUGUCCGGACGGAUCGGACGAGGACCCAUCCAGGUGUGGCACUCAGUCGUGUCGGCCGGACCAGUUCCAAUGCGGCGGCCUGGGCGAGUGCAUCUCUCGGAGCCUGGUGUGCUCCGGGAUGCCCGACUGCAGGGACGGCAGCGACGAGGCCAACUGUGAGGGAUGUGACCCGGAAAGCCAGCUGCGCUGCGAGAACGGCACCUGUGUGGACGUCUCGCUGGCCUGUAACGGCAUCAACGACUGUGGCGACGGCUCGGACGAGGGCUCCCAGUGCGGCUCGUGCGCGCGGAGUAACGGCGGCUGCAGCCACGGCUGCCAGGACCUGCCGGGCGGCCGGCGCUGUUCCUGUCCGGACGGGUACCGGCUGGCGGCAGAUGGCACCAGCUGCCAGGACAUUGACGAGUGUGAGAACCCGGGAGCCUGCAGUCACAUCUGCAUCAACCAAGUGGGCCACUUCAAGUGCGAGUGCCACGCCGGCUACGUACGCGACCCCAGCAACCAUGCUUUCUGCAAGGCACAGCAGGGCCACGCCAGCCUGCUGGUGACGCACAGGACAGACAUUCGCCAGGUGGGCCUGCACCGUCGCGAGGUCACGUCACUGGUGAACGACACCAACGCCGCCACCGCGGUCGACUUUGACUUCCGCGCCGGCACCGUGUACUGGGCGGACGCCAUGGACCGGGCCAUCUACAGCGCGCCGGCGGAGGACGGGUCGCGCCGCUCGGUGGUGCGCGUCGCGGUGCGGCCGCAGGGUCUGGCGCUGGACUGGGUGCACGGCCGGGUCUACUGGACCAGCUCGGAGCCGGGCAGCAGCGGCGUGCACACCGCCCCGCUCGACGGCUCCUACCAGCUGACCGUGGUGUCCGCGGAGACGGCCGAGCCGCGCGCCAUCGCGCUCGAUCCCGUCGCCAGGUGGAUGUACUGGACCGACUGGGGCACCGUGCCGCGGAUCGAGCGCGCCGGCCUGGAUGGCAGUCGGCGCCGCACCAUCGUCGACACCCAGCUCCAGUGGCCCAACGGACUGACGCUGGACCUCGAGAGGCGCAGAAUCUUCUGGGUGGACACGCGCCGAAGGGUGCUGGAGAGCGCCAACCUGGACGGCAGCGGCCGGCAGAUCGUCAUCAGCAGUCCGCAGACGCUGCACAGGCCAUUCGGCAUCGCCACCUUCGAGGACAGCGUCUUCUGGAGCGACUGGGAGCGCAGGGCCGUCUUCAGCGCCAACAAGUUCACCGGCGACCGCGUGGCCGUCGUGACCCGCCUCGGAUCGCUGCAGUUCGAGUCGGACGUGCGGGUGUACCACCCGUAUCGGCAGCCUCCCGGCAACAACCACUGUUUGUCCGACAACGGCGGCUGCUCGCACAUCUGCCUGCCGGCGCCGGACGAGCAGCGACCCACCAGCUGCGCCUGUCCGUCCGGCCUGCGACUGGGCGACGACGGCCGCACCUGCUCACAGCAGCCGUCAGAGGAUUCCGGUGAAGCGCAGACGCCGUCGUCCCUGUCUCCGGCGGCUGCGGGACACCAGGCCAUCUCCUCGGAGGACCAGUCGGGCACCACGACAGCCGUGGCCGCCACCGCUGCUGUGCUCAUCAUCGUCGUCGCCGCCGUGGCUGGGUUCCUGGUAUACCGUCGCGUCAAUGCGAAGGGCUUUCGGAGGUUCGACAGUCCCUCGUACAGCAAGUCUCUGCGCGACGUGGUGAAGCUGCAGAAGACCAGAAUACACAACUCUCCGUCCGCGACAGAUGACGAGGUCCUCAUCACUUCGGGCGAGCGGCGAGAGGCGGCCUGAUCUCAGCUAAAGGCGGCCCUCGACUCCAAUGCAGCGUCAGCGUCUGCGUUUGACACCGGCCUCCAUAGCAGUCUGCGCUUCCCCCGACAUUGUUGAUAUGUAAUGUCCGGCUAUGUCACUUUUGUACCAGUUACUACGGCAAGUCGUGGUCUUCAGUGAGCCGUGAGGCAAAAUUGACUGAGGUGUCUCAACUAGGGUAUUGAUCCCCUCCAUCGACUUUUCUCUCUGUCAUUUAUAUUCCAACGGCGUUUUCAACAGUCUCAACAAGAAAAAUAUGCCAUGACCUGAACUGCCAACAUUUUGUCUGAAGUGCCACAGAUUGGUACUUAACAGGCAGGACUUUGACAAGGUUCUACAAGGGAGUGGAGCGUAGAAGCCCAAGUGACUUUACUAGUCCAUAUCAGACAUUUAGUCCUUCUCGCCUCCUAUAUCCCACGUUCCUCGCUGGUGAUAUGCAAUGUGCAUCUCCAUGUCGUGUUAUCAUUUGGAUGGACAAUGGACAUACCAAAUCGUGUGAUGUUACUUGGGGUGCACAGGGAAAUGAUGCAUGUGUCAACUGUCAAGCUUGGUGUAGUUACCGCUGCGCGAUGACCUACGCUGGCAAAUACGAGGUAUGCUAACUAACGUUAUAGCGAAAUGAAGACAUAUCACUCAGCCUCGACAAAUGGCACAUUGUGCUUAAUCCCAUUGGCCUAAUUACUUUGGCCGCGGGUACGCAAUUCCAAUUUUUUUUGUGUUUCAUCUGAAAACACACGAUUAGUCACCACAAGACCACAUAUUCGCCACGCGUCAUUUUCAUUUUUCGCAUUAUUCAUUAAUCGCAAGAACAUGCCUUAGGUGCAAUGCGAAUAGGGCCACUUAUCUGCCUUGUAUGCAUCGUGUUGUUAGUCACGCGUAGUCUAUGAUGUAUCAAAUGUCUAACCAAUACGACGGAUAGUACGGAGCUGUGUCGAAGCGCCAGUCUGUCUUCUUUGAAUGUGUGAGUACUUAUGUCGACUGUUUAUGCUGAUCGUAUUGUGCGAAUGGUCCCACUGCAAUGUUCCUCUGUGUAACACUCAUUUGAUAUCAUGCUCUGAUUGCUUUGUCACUCGUUUAAUUUAACUUUAACUAGGGAUAUAGCGUUAAGAUGUUGAUUUCGUUUCUCCAUGUAAGUCCGUUCUUUACUUCGCGUGUGCAUAUUAGUUAUGGAACGUCUUGUAGCUUGCUGGCGCCGUGUUAUGCAUAACUGGACAUUGUGAUAGCUGUGUGAAAGGAAUGAUGACAAUGUGAAGCUCAGAGCGUGAAAGUGAAGCUUUGUGUGUACAAUGAGUAGUAUUUAAAUUACAGUGUCUUAGCUGUACUGUGUACGAGCGAAAAGUCUGUACCAUAAUGGAGUGCGUUCUUUUGACCCCGUCGGGUCAGUGUAAAUAAAUACAUAUGCAAUAAUAUGA